AUUUUUAAAUUCCUAUAUAUAAUAGAAUUCUCCAAACCCCCAAUACCCAAAAGCAGAGACCCCUUAUUCCUCUUCUUCUUUUCCUUCUCUUAGAAAUAGCACAAAACCGUCGUUGUUUAGCUGAUAUUUUCACGCAAAAGGGGAAAAAACCCAUAAUGUCUCGUAUUGUAGCCGAAAAUAUAUCGUCGGAUAAUAAUAAUAAUUCUUCCCAGUUUUUCCCUCACUCAAUGGAGCUUAUUGCCGGUGAAUUCUCAGCCGCUACUGGAGCUUCUCAAACGCUUGGGCAAUUACUUAAACGCGUCGGCGAUGUACGGAAAGAAGCCACUGGCGACGAAACUCCGGUCCAUGAAAUCCUUGUCGACGACACUGAGCGGCGGCCGAUGCCAUUUGUUCUUUCCUUUAACUACCUUACUUAUAGUGUGAAGGUUCGUCGCAAGAUGCCCAUGCCGGGGUUCCUGAGACGGAGGGACAGAAGCGCCGCCGCUUCCGUUGUCUCCGGAAACCCACUUGAUGGAGAUAGUUUUUUUACCAGAACGAAGACGUUGCUUAAUGAUAUCUCCGGGGAGGCUCGAGAUGGAGAGAUACUAGCCGUGCUUGGAGCGAGUGGGUCUGGGAAAUCGACACUCAUCGACGCUUUAGCUAAUCGAAUAGCUAAAGGGAGUUUGAAAGGGAAUGUGACUUUAAACGGCGAAGUUUUGGAGUCGCGAAUGUUGAAAGUGAUUUCAGCUUAUGUUAUGCAAGAUGAUUUGCUGUUCCCAAUGCUUACUGUCGAAGAAACCUUAAUGUUUGCUGCCGAGUUUCGGCUUCCUCGGACUUUGUCCAAAUCCAAGAAGAAAAUGCGAGUUCAAGCUUUGAUUGACCAAUUAGGCUUAAGAAACGCAGCCAAAACUGUUAUUGGUGACGAAGGUCAUCGAGGGGUUUCCGGGGGAGAGCGUCGUCGUGUAUCUAUUGGAAUUGAUAUAAUUCAUGACCCCAUUAUUCUGUUCUUGGAUGAGCCUACAUCAGGGCUUGACUCGACCAGUGCUUUCAUGGUGGUGAAGGUUUUGCAGAGGAUUGCUCAGAGUGGAAGCAUUGUUAUAAUGUCAGUUCAUCAGCCAAGUUAUCGAAUUCUUGGAUUGCUUGACAGAUUGAUAUUUUUGUCUCGUGGGCAAACUGUUUACAGUGGUUCACCGACGAGUCUGCCGUUAUAUUUCUCCGAAUUUGGGCAUCCUAUACCGGAGAACGAGAACAGAACUGAGUUUGCUCUCGACUUAAUCAGGGAACUCGAAGGAUCUCCUGGAGGAACAAAAAGUUUGGUUGAAUUCAACAAGUCAUGGCAAAGCAUGAAGUAUACAAGAGACUCUGAGCCAGACCGGCUCGGUUUGUCUCUAAAAGAAGCAAUUAGCGCCAGCAUUUCUAGAGGUAAACUUGUUUCAGGUGCUACCGAUGAUGUCAGUUCAACUUCCAUGGUUCCAAGAUUUGCAAAUCCCAUUUGGAAAGAAAUGUUGGUUCUGUCAAACAGAUCAAUCUUGAAUUCGAGGAGGAUGCCAGAGUUGUUCGGUAUCCGAUUGGGAGCUGUUUUGGUGACGGGGUUCAUUUUAGCAACGAUGUUUUGGCAGCUUGAUAAUUCACCAAAAGGGGUACAAGAAAGACUAGGGUUUUUCGCUUUCGCCAUGUCAACGACGUUUUACACUUGUGCCGACGCUCUCCCAGUUUUUCUCCAAGAAAGGUACAUUUUCAUGAGAGAAACUGCUUACAAUGCUUACAGGAGAUUAUCUUAUGUUAUAUCAAAUGCUUUGGUAGCUUUACCGGGACUAAUUUUCCUCUCAUUUGCUUUUGCGGCGACAACCUUUUGGGCAGUAGGCCUUGAUGGUGGAUUUUCAGGAUUCCUAUUCUAUUUCUUAAUCAUGUUUGCUUCAUUUUGGUCUGGAAGUUCAUUUGUCACAUUUCUAUCUGGUGUUGUUCCACAUGUGAUGUUAGGGUACACAAUAGUUGUUGCUAUUUUAGCCUAUUUCUUGCUCUUCAGCGGCUUCUUUAUCAACCGUGACCGAAUCCCGGCCUAUUGGAUUUGGUUCCAUUACUUAUCCCUAGUCAAAUACCCUUAUGAAGCAGUUUUACAAAACGAAUUUGAUAAUCCCACAAAAUGUUUUGUGAGAGGGAUUCAGAUUUUUGAAAAUACACCACUUGGAGCUGUUCCAGGCCCCAUGAAAGUGAGAUUGUUGCAGUCAUUAAGCAAUACUUUGGGAAUGAGGAUUACAAGCUCCACAUGCUUGACAACAGGAGUUGAUAUUUUAAAACAAGAGGGGAUAACAGAUUUGAGCAAAUGGAAUUGCUUGUGGAUUACUGUGGCUUGGGGUUUCUUGUUCAGGAUUUUGUUUUACUUCUCUUUGUUAUUGGGAAGCAAAAACAAGAGAACAUGAAAAAAAAUGGUGAGAAAUUAAGACAGCGGUUGGUGUAAGGACGUUAUUUGUGUGUUUCUUUAUGUUUUUUAGUUUAACUUCUUCAAUUGGAUUUGUUAAAAGAUGAGUUGAUCAGAUUCUGGUGUAAAACUGUU